AGAGUGCAUCGGGAGCGCGCAGAGUCGUACCGGGAACGCGAAGCAGAAGCAGAAACAGAGCAGGUCGGUCGGUGAACAGCAGUUACAGACCGACAAAGUCCGGGCGGUACGACACCAGACCUGAACCUUUGGUGUCCGCGUCGCCGUUGUUUUCUCCUGUGGACUAUUUUUACGGGAAGUUUUAUUCUGCAGUUCAUACAGACGGAGAGGGUCCGAAACGGUGUCCACCAUGUCGGGGAGCAGGGAAGAGGAGAGGAGGAAAUUGGCCGACAUCAUCAACCACUGGAACGCCAACCGGCUCGACCUGUUCGAGAUCAGCCGACCCACAGAGGACUUGGAGUUCCAUGGCGUGAUGCGGUUCUACUUCCAGGACAGAGUUGCCGGUAACUUUGCCACAAAGUGCAUCAGAGUGUCCAGCACAGCGACAACACAGGAUGUCAUUGAGACAUUAGCUGAGAAGUUCAGACCAGACAUGAGGAUGCUCUCCUCGCCAAAAUACUCCCUAUACGAGGUCCAUGUCAGUGGCGGUGACCUUUUGUUGGACCUGGACGAGAAGCCUCUUGUUGUUCAGCUAAACUGGAACAAAGAUGACAGGGAAGGAAGAUUUGUCCUGAAGAAUGAGAAUGACAUCCUGCCCAAGAAGAGUCAGAGUAACGGACCAGAGAAGGAGAAGGAUGGAGUAAUUCAGAACUUUAAGAGGACUUUAUCCAAGAAGGAGAAGAAGAAGGAAAAGAAGAGGGAGAAGGAGUUUGCUCGAAUCCCUGAUGGAGACGAGCAGAUGCUCAGCCGGGAGGACGGGGAAAACAGUCGUCUGGCGGCAGAGGUGUACAAGGACAUGCCGGAGACCAGCUUUACCAGGACAAUUUCCAACCCAGAGGUGGUGAUGAAGAGGAGGCGCCAGCAGAAACUGGAGAAACGCAUGCAGGAGUUCAUGAGCGGCGAUGGGAGGCCUGACUCAGGAGGCACUUUGCGGAUAUACGCAGACAGUCUGAAGCCCAACAUCCCCUAUAAGACCAUCCUGCUAUCAACAAGAGACACGGCAGACUUUGCUGUGGUGGAAGCGCUGGAGAAGUACGGACUGGAGAAGGAGAAUCCCAGAGAGUACUGCAUCGCUCGGCAAGAUGAUAAGUCAGGUAAAGAUGUGAUUCUGGACGAUAGUGAGUGUCCACUGCAGAUCUUCAGGGACUGGCCUGCUGAGAGAGGAGCACUAGUGUUCCAGCUGAAGAAGAGACCUCCAGACUACCAGGGGAGGAAGGGAAGGAAAGCAGAUGACAAGGGCUUCCGAGGGAAGGACGGCAGCAGCUCCCUGCCGCCUGAGAAACUGCCUUAUCUGGUGGAGCUGAGCCCAGGGCGAGGGAAUCACUAUGCCUACUACGCAUAUCGGCACCAUGAAGACGGGUCUGACUCACGAGACAAACCAAAGCUGUACCGGCUUCAACACAGCGUCACUAAGGUCGGCUCAGAUUGCACAGAGGAUGGAGCCAUCCAGCUGCUCGGUCCAGGGAUUCUUCCCUAUCACUGCAACCUCAUGCACAGUGAAGGUAUGGUGACAGUGACGCCCCAUGGCCCCGACGCCGACACCUUUGUUGACGGACAACGCAUUACUGAGACAACGGUGCUGCGUCCGGGCUCCACCCUCCAGUUUGGCUCCGCUCACGUUUUUAAGUUUGUGGACCCGAUGUUCGACCAGGGAGGGAAAAGGGAACCGGUGGCCAUGAUGAGAAGCCGACACAAGUCUGGCAGUGUCCCAGAGACCACCUUCGACCUUCACGGAGACAUCCACAGUGGAGCGGCCCUGCCUACCAGCAAGAGCUCAGGAAAGCUGGAAAUGGAGAGGGGAAUGGUCAAGCCCAUGAUCAGAGGAGAGCAGCAGGACAAUAGGUCUCAGGACAUUUCAGCAGACAGAACAGAAUUGACUCUGCCAGCCAGCAUCGAGUUCAGAGACAACUCUGAAGAUGCCUUCCUCUCAGCCAUCAUCAACUACACCAACAGCUCCACGGUUCACUUCAAGCUCUCGCCCACUUACGUUCUUUACAUGGCCUGCCGCUACGUCCUGUCGCCUUCUUACCGCCCUGACAUGUCACCGUCUGAGAGGACACACAAGGUCAUCGCCAUCGUCAACAAGAUGGUGAGCAUGAUGGAGGGAGUCAUCCAGAAGCAGAAAAACAUUGCAGGAGCACUGGCUUUCUGGAUGGCCAACGCCUCCGAGCUGCUCAACUUCAUCAAGCAGGACCGAGACCUGAGUCGCAUCACGCUGGACGCCCAGGACAUCCUCGCCCAUCUUGUCCAGAUGGCUUUCAAGUACCUGGUCCACUGUCUCCAGGCUGAUCUCAACAACUACAUGCCUGCCUUCCUGGAUGACCCCGAGGAACAUAAUCCACAGAGGCCCAAGAUAGAGGAUGUCCUGCACACCCUGACGGGGGCAAUGUCUUUGCUGCGGCGGUGUCGAGUCAACGCCGCCCUGACCAUCCAGCUCUUCUCGCAGCUCUUCCACUUCAUCAACAUGUGGCUGUUCAACAAGCUGGUGACAGACAUGGAGUCGGGGCUGUGCUGUCACUACUGGGGGGCCAUUCUUCGGCAGCAGCUCAGCCACAUCGAGGCCUGGGCUGAGAAACAGGGUCUGGAGCUGGCUGCCGACUGCCACCUCAGUCGAAUUGUUCAGGCCACCACCCUGCUGACCAUGGACAAAUAUGCCAUGCAGGAUGUGCAGAACAUCCAUAACACCUGCUUCAAGCUCAACUCCCUGCAGCUCCACGCCCUCAUGACCAACUACCACUGUGCUCCUGACGAGCCUUACAUCCCGCCUGAGCUGAUAGAGCACGUGGUGGCAGUGGCGGAAAACACAGCAGAUGAGCUGGCGAGGAGUGAUGGGAGAGACGUUCAGCUGGAGGAGGACCCAGACCUCCAGUUGCCCUUCCUCCUCCCUGAGGACGGCUACUCCUGUGACGUGGUGCGCAGCCUCCCCAACGGCCUGCAGGACUUCCUGGAUCCACUUCUGCAGAGAGGGUUUUGCCAAUUAGUACCACACCCUCGUUCACCUGGCACGUGGACCGUCCACUUUGAAGGAGCUGACUGUGACACCCACUUCUCUACCGCUGACAACUCUGAGAUGCCAAUGAGGAAGGAGCCGGAGGUUGUCACGGUAACCCUUAAGAAGCACAACGGCAUGGGCCUCAGCAUUGUGGCCGCCAAGGGUGCUGGUCAGGAGAAGCUUGGCAUCUACAUCAAGUCUGUUGUCAAAGGAGGAGCAGCUGACAUGGACGGGCGUUUGGCUGCAGGUGACCAGCUGCUGAGCGUGGACGGCCGCAGUCUGGUCGGCUUGUCACAGGAGAGGGCAGCUGAGCUGAUGACGAGGACGGGCUCAGUUGUGACUCUGGAGGUCGCCAAGCAGGGAGCCAUUUACCACGGACUGUCUACCCUCCUCAACCAGCCGAGCCCCAUGAUGCAAAGAGCAUCAGACCGAGGCCGUGAGAAGAAUGGGAAAAUGCGACCUAAGAGUGAAGGAUUUGAGUUGUACAACAACUCUGUGCCGAACGGCUCUCCGGAGGGUCCCCAGGCUGGCUGGGACUCUUACCCUGAACCAAAGAAGAUGAGCAGUGAAGAUCGACUUCUCAAGAACCGAGUCGACCAUCGCUCAAGCCCCAAUGUAGCCAAUCAGGGCCAGAGUCCUGCAGGCAAAGCGGUGUACCCUGGAGGACCUGGCACCAAGAUCACCUCUGUCUCCACCGGCAACCUGUGUGCUGACGAUGAACCCUCCCCUUCCCACCCAGAGGCUUACCCCAUCCCUACACAGACCUACUCCAGGGAGUACUUCACCAUCCCAGCCUCUAAGAGCCAGGAUCGGGUAGUUGGUCUCGGGCAGGGGCCCUCGCAGCACUGGCAGGGCAUGGAGGACAGAGAACGCCUCCCGGUGGUGGACAACAUCCACAACAACAACAUGCAGAGGAUUAACCAUUCCCAGGAAGAGUUGUACCCUCCAGGUCUAAGGCCCGACGAUCGCAUGCAUCCACACUACCAGCAGGAUUACCAGCACCGGGACCUGGACUACCAACACAGAGACCUUGACUACCAGAGAGGUCCACCAGGAGGUGUAGGAGGUCCCGACCACUGGGCUCCUCAGCCGCAGGCAACCUCCUCACUGGAGUCAUCCACUUCUAGCCAGGAGCACCUCAACUUCUCAGUCUCCUCCUCCAGCAAGAACCAGAAGACUGGGCCAGGCCGAUGGAAGACGCCCAACGCACCGCAUGCCGUGCCACCACAUUCGGCUCAGCCCGCCCGCCCCCCCCCCCCCCCCCCGCCGCCAGCCCCUUACCCUGACGCCUACGACCCAUACAGCCCGCAGUCUGAUCUGCCUCUCCCGCCACCUCCCUCUGCUGUCACCUCGGUAACGGCGCAGCAAGCUGCUGACCGCAAGAAGCGUGAGGAGCAGCAGCGCUGGUAUGAGAAGGAGAAAGCUCGGCUGGAGGAGGAGAGAGAGAGGAAGAGGAGAGAGCAGGAGAGGAAACUGGGGCAGAUCCGGGCCAACCCCGUCAUGCCCGUCCAACCUCACAACGGCGCAGCCAUGCCGCCUCCUCACCACCAACCACCCAUGGCGUCUGUGGCCCCACCCCAGUCAUACCUGCCCCCACAGCCUCAACCCCAACCUCCCCCAUCCAGACCGGAGAAGCUGGCCAGUCUGCAGACGCCAGCUACACACGGAAGAAUUACAGUGCCUUGCGAAAGCAUGGACACUGUGAUCAGAGAGCUCCUACCUCAGCAGCAGCCGCGCACCAUCGAGAGACGAGACUUGCAGUACAUCACCAUCAGUAAGGAGGAGCUGUCGUCCAGCGACAGUCUGUCUCCAGACCCCUGGAAGAGAGAUGCCCGGGAGAAAGCAGAGAAACAGCAGCAGCUUCACAUCGUGGACCUGCUGGACAAGGAGAUCCAGGACCUCCAGGCAAAGCCGGAGCGAACUGCAGAGGAAAGCGACCGCCUCAGGAAGCUGAUGCUGGAGUGGCAGUUCCAGAAACGACUGCAGGAGUCCAAGCAGAGUGACGAAGAUGAGGAGGAGGAGGAUGACGAGGACGUGGACACCAUGAUGAUCAUGCAGAGGCUGGAGGCCGAGAAGAGAGCCAGGCAGACUGCUGUCCCAGCUAUCUCUGUACUAGACUUGUUGCAGGAUGAAGAGAGACGGCGUAAGCAGCAGCUGGAGGAGAUUCGUAAGCGGGAGGCAGAAGAGCGGGCAGAGGAGGAGAGGAGGUGGAGAGAGGCAGAGCGGGCGAAGCGAGCGGCAGCUGCAGAUGAGAAGAGGAGACAGGAGGAGGAGUACUACACUCGCCUGGAGGCUGAGCGGCGCCGGCAGCACGAGGAGGCUGAGAGAAGGCUGCUGACGCCUGACGAGGAACCCCCCAAGGAGGGGUGUGCGGGCGGUGGCCAGUCAGGUCAGGUGAAGCUGUUGGCGACCCGGAAGUCGUACGGCGACCUCCCGGCCGCCACCUCACCUAAUCGCAGCAAGCCUCAGCCGCCGCCCACUGCGCGCAAACCCCGUCCUCUUUCUGACGGCAUCUUCCUGUCUAGCUCGUUCCAGCCGCCAGCCAACAACUCCAACAGUACAGGCCCCCCCCUUCCUGGCAAACCCAGCUCCAACCCCCCAGGAGGCUUUAAAGGAUUUAUCUCGUACACUGGAAACUCAGCAGGAGUUGUAGGAUCAGGAGAAGUCUACAAGGACCCACGAGACAAAUGGACAAAGAGUCAGGAGCAGGAGAACUCGAACCCCGGCGGUGCUCCAGAGUCUCUGACCUUCAAGGAGCGCCAGCGUCUCUUCUCUCAGGGGAAGGAGGUUUCCGACAAGGUCAAGGCUUCACGCAAACUCAUGGAGCUGGAGAAUGAGCUCAACACCAAGUAGUAGACCCGGGCCUUUUGCCUCCCUGCGCCACCUUAACACCAAUGUCACCACGGUAACAUUAAGGUGCCCCUGGGACGAAACCAGGUCGAGAGUUGGUGCUCGCUUUCCUUGCCACUGACUUUCUCCUCCUGUUAGUGUUGUUUUCCCUUUAUUUUUUUAUUUUAUUCAUUGAAUAACUGGACCAUUCACUUUUUUGAUGUAGCUGUAUCGUUGCAGUAGGAGAGACAUUUAUGGCUUAAAGAUUUCUUCCCCUUGUUAAAGCACUGUAAAAAAAGUUUUAAUUAUAUCUAGUGAGAAUCUGAGAGUCACACAACAAAGGGGGGUAUAUUUUUGUUUGCACAAUGGUUCUGGGGGCCCGGACUGGAGACAGGCUUAUUCUCAUUUUUAAAUUUUUUUUUAAAUAGCUUGUUGAAAUUUGAGUUUUAUGAUGUUAUUUUAUGCUCUUUCUGCAGCAUCGUUCCACACUCGUAAUUCUUCCUUGCCAGCAGAAAUGUCUGAGGUUGAGGUCCAGACCAAUCUUUUUCUUGUUUUUUAAAGUUGAAUUCUCAGUGAGUGAAAACACUGUUAUUUCAUUCCAUAGAUCUUUUUUAGAUUAAAUCUGAAAGAUUCUCCAGAGGAGGGUCAUACAGUCCAGACUAAGAUCUGUAAGUGCACAACAUUACUGUAAAUAUUCAGGUCCACAACUGUCUCACUCUUUUACUACUGUAGAAACAUGCCAGGCUUCGGAAAACUGCAACACUAAUGUGAUUUAACAGCAGUUUAGUGACAGAAAAUCCGACCAAAGCUGGACUGGCUGCUCGUUGCUCCUCACCGUCAGUGGAGUUCAUUUUUAAAUAUUUCACCCCAGUGUGAGGUAACUUUAAUUUUACUUUGUUUUAAAAUCAGUUAUUUGUGGCAGAGUUGUGUUGUUAAUUUGACUAUAACCUAAAUUCAAGUCAGAAAUAGGAACUCCUUUCACCUACAAUGUGAUUGUUGGUUUUCACAAUAAAAAAAAGAAGUUAACACUA